AUGGCGCUUCAAACUUACAAACCUGCGACUUUUCUCAUCUCCCUUUCCCUCCUCCUAGCUCUCUUCCCUACUGGGAUUUCCUCACAAGCAAACAACAAAAACUCCCAACUUCGGAAAGGCUCAUCUCUCUCGGUAGAAUCCGACACCGACUUGUUCAUUUCCCCUGACAAAACCUUCACUUGCGGGUUCUACGGCUUGGGCGGCGAAAACGCUUACUGGUUCUCAAUCUGGUUCACCAAUUCCAACGACCGGGCCGUGGUUUGGACCGCUAACAGAGACCGGCCCGUGAACGCCAAAGGCUCAAAGCUUUCCUUCCGCAGCAACGGCGCUUUAGUCUUGACCGACGUCGACGGCUUCCUCGUUUGGGAGACCAACACCAGCUCCACGGAUGCCUCACUCGCCGAGCUUCUGGACACUGGGAAUCUCGUCGUUAAAAACCCAGGUGGUAAAAUUCUGUGGCAGAGCUUCGAUUCCCCAACUGACACUCUUCUCCCGACCCAAUUCUUCAAAAAGAGCUCCACUCUGGUCUCAAAAUCGGGUCCGGGGAACUUUGGGUCGGGUUAUUUCUCCUUGCUCUUCGAUAACGAUAACGUUCUCAGGUUGAUCUACGAUGGCCCCGAGGUUUCCAGCAUCUACUGGCCGAACCCAGAUUACAACGUGUACCAGAAUGGCCGUAACAAUUACAACAGCAGCAGAAUUGCUGUUCUUGACGAGAUGGGGGAAUUCGUGUCUACUGAUAGGUUUCAAUUCAGGGCCUCUGAUUUUGGGGUUGGGGUUAAAAGGAGAUUAACCUUGGAUUACGACGGUAAUCUCAGGCUUUACAGCUUGAACAACAAUUUGAGGGGUGGAAACUGGGUGAUUACGUGGCAGGCCAUGGUUAAGCUAUGUAACGUCCAUGGGAUUUGCGGGAGGAAUGGGAUCUGUUUGUACACUCCGGCGCCCAAGUGUUCUUGCCCGCCUGGAUACCAAGUCAAAGAUGUUCAAAAUUGGAGUCAAGGAUGCCAGCCCAAGUUCAACAUCAACACUUGUUUAAGACCAAAUCAGGUGAAGUUCGUUGAGGUUCCGCAUGUAGAUUUCUGGGGAUUCGAUCUCAAUUUCAGCGAGCCAGCUUCCAUGGAGAGUUGCAGGAAGCUUUGCCUUGACGAUUGCCGGUGUGCUGGUUUUAGCUACAGACUUGAUGGGGAAGGGCGGUGCUACACCAAAGGCACGCUCUUUAAUGGUUUUCAAUCAACUGAAUUUCCGGGCAGCAUCUAUUUGAAGCUGCCGCAGAGCUUUGUUGUCGAGAAUGAAGCUCACAUUCUUAAUCCCAUGGAUACAAUUUGCGAAAAUGAUGGAUCGAGAAUCAUGAUUGGUUCUCCAUCUAUGUACGAGAUAGACAAGAAGAAGGUGAGGUGGGUUUAUCUCUACUCGUUUGCUUCUGCAAUUGGCGCGAUUGAGGUCCUGUUGAUAGCAAUAGGUUGGUGGUUUCUUUCUUCAAUGCUAGGGAUUCCUGCUUCUGCCGAAAUGGGAUAUAGAGCGAUUGCAAGUCAGUUCAGGAGGUUUAGCUAUUCAGAACUGAAAAAGGCAACCAAAAGUUUCAGGCAAGAGAUUGGUAGGGGAGGGUCUGGAACCGUUUACAAGGGGGUUUUAGUUGAUGAAAGAGUUGUUGCAGUUAAAAGACUCGAAGAGUCGUACCAAGGUCAAGAUGUGUUUUGGGCAGAAGUGACCACAAUUGGGAAGAUCAACCACAUGAAUUUGGUGAGAAUGUGGGGAUUCUGUUCUGAAAACAGACACAGGAUGUUGGUCUAUGAGUAUUUGAGACAUCAGUCGCUCGACAAGCAUCUCUUCUCCAAAGGAACCACCACUAGGUUCCUUGAGUGGCAAGUUAGGUUUAAGAUUGCUCUUGGGACGGCGAAAGGGUUGGCUUAUCUUCACCAUGAGUGUCUCGAAUGGGUCAUACAUUGUGACGUGAAGCCGGAGAACAUACUAUUGGACGAUGACUUUGAGCCCAAGAUUGCGGAUUUCGGGCUUGCCAAGCUGUCUCAGAGAGGGAGCAACAGUUCGGAGUUCACCAAGAUCAGAGGGACGAAAGGGUACAUGGCUCCAGAGUGGGCUUCAAAUCUGCCCAUUACGGCUAAGGUCGAUGUUUACAGCUAUGGAGUGGUGAUUCUGGAGUUGGUAAAAGGAAUUCGGCUUUCGAAUUUGGUUGCAGAGGAUGUGGGGGAAGAGGAGGUGGAAGAGGAAGAGGAAGCUGAGCUUGCUAGGUUUGUGAGGAUAGGGAAGAAGAAGAUUCAAGGUGGGGAGAAGCCAUGGAUUGAUGAUGAUAUGGUGGAUCCCAAGUUGGUAGGGAAUUUUAACAAGAGACAGGUGGAGAGGGUUGUUGAAAUUGGGCUGUCGUGUGUUGAAGAAGACAGGAACAAGAGGCCAACAAUGGACUCUGUAGUCCAAUCUUUAUUAGAUUGUCAGGAUUUGAGUCAAAUGUCAACAUCUAUUUUCCAAUCAUCGUCCGUCCACUAG